AUGUCAAAUCUGAAGUAUUAUCAAAAACACCAAGACUCGGAAAAAUAAUUUCAAUUUAAAAUGUUACGUCAAACAAAAGUGUUCAUUUCGAUUUGAAUGUAAAUCUCAACAAAAAUUAUCACAAAGAAAUAAUGUUUCAGUAAAAAGUGUUAAAUAAAUAUGGAAAGCGUUACAAAUUUUUCUGUAUCGCUUAUAAAAGGUUUUAUAGACAGUUUGCGAGGUGUAACAGUGCUAUUAUACUUAGAUAAAGAGAUUAAUGAGCGUGCUCUAAGCCGGACAUCGCCAAUCGAUUUUGAUAAACAUAAGCAAAAACAACCGAAAGUUCAACAGGAAUCUAAAGUACUUACUAGGGUUUUACAAUCAUGCAUACUCAAUGGAUUCAUAUUUCUGCUGAGUAUACUUGUAUUCGAGUAUGCACUGCUACCGGCUGUGAAGUACUUAGUGAUACUGAUAUUUGGACACAACCCAGGGGUCGCUCAUAGUGUUUGGGGUUGGAUGCAACCUUUCUUGUCUAUGACUUUUCGUAUGAUAUGGGUUUUACCUCUGUUCCUUCUCAGCAAACUGGUUAAUAGUUUGUGGUUUCAAGAUAUUGCUGACUCAGCAUACAGACACAGAAGAGGUCGACCACAAUUCAUGUCAAGUGUCAGCAAAAUUAUUGCUGACUCGUUAUUUAGUUUAUUGGUGCAAGCAUUAUUUCUAGUUCAGAGUAUGUUAGUCAGUAUGUUGCCCAUAACAUAUAUAGGGGAGUUACUUUGCUUGGUACACAUGUGUCUCCUGUACUCUCUGUACUCGUUCGAGUACAAGUGGUUCAACAUGGGAUGGGAGCUACACAAGCGGCUGACCUUCAUUGAGACCAACUGGCCAUACUUCCUCGGCUUUGGUCUGCCAUUGGCCGUGCUUACUCAAAUCCCUCAGUCUUAUAUUAUAAGUGGUUGUGUCUUUUCAAUCUUCUUCCCCGUGUUCAUAUUGAGCGGGAACGAAGCCACGCCUGUCGCGGGGAGCGAGUACCCGCUCAGGCUGUUCUCUCCGGUGGUGGCGAUAUCGAACGGUAUGUUCCGUUUCGUGCGACACAGCGCGGCUGACGACAAGACCAGAUGAUACUCAUAGUUGUCUCCGUGUGCUGGAACGUAGCAGUUGUUAAGGCCCUUUCACACUGGCUUAGUUUUUUGAACUACUUGCGUUUGUGAUGAAAAAAUUCUAAUGAUUAUUAUAUGCAGCUAGACAUUUUAGUUAUUCAUUUGUAUUAAAUACAACCGAGUGCAAUGUUUUGCAACUACGAUGACGUCAUACCACUGGCACGUACCAAAAAAUCGUUAUCUAUAGCACGUGUGGACAGUUUGUGGUGGCAAAGUAUAGGUAACUAGCUGACGCCACGCGGAUGAAACCGCGUGGUGUCAGUUCCCGUUCCCGUGGAAAUACGGAGAUAAUAUAUAGCCUAUAGCCUUCCUCAAUAAAUGGUCUAUCUAACAUUGAAAGAAUUUUUCAAAUCGGACCAGUGGUUUCUGAUAUUACGCGUUCAACCGAACAAACAAACUCUUCAGCUUUAUAAUAUUAGUAUAGAUUGGAAAACUUAUAUAUUUUAGAAGUAUGCAAUGUGGCCUAUUUCUCACUGGCUAUCGUGGCUGAAAGACUACCACUUGACACGGUUCCAUUUCCGACGGUGCCAAAAUUAUGCAUGAUAAUAUUUUCAAAAUUACCUCACUCAGUUCACAUACCCCAUCUUUAUCAACGUCCUUUUCAGCUAAGAUCCAAGUCUAAGGAGAACUUUGAAAGAAAGUUCCCUCUCUCCGCUCUGGCAGAGUUUCUCGCCCACGCUUUUUAGUGACGUUGGUUAGAUAAGAUUAGGAAGAAUACAGCCCAUAUGCGACCAAAAAAAAUCGUAUUAGUUAACGCCUACCACUAAAAAUAUAUAUAUUUUUUGUAAAUAAUAAUGUAAAAAAACUAUGAACAAAUGCCUACGCCAGUGUGAAAGGGCUUUAAUUCAUUUAUUUAUAUUUUUGUCUUUGAUAAUGUACAGGGUUUUUUUUGGUUUUCGCUUGUAAAAGACAAGUUUGUGUGCUACGUAAAAUUGUAAACUUAACUGUGUAUCAUAUAUUAAUAUAAUAUGUCUUUUUUAACUUUAAAUAUUUUAUUUAAAUAAUUAUAAUAUUAUUUAAGGUUUUAACAAAUUAGCAUCGUAACCGUAGACAGAGAAAUAUAGCGCGAAAUUAAAGCAUCCACUUGUUGCAAAUUUUAAGUAACCAGUUAGCUUAAAAUAAAUUUAAAAAUUUGUUAUAGUGUUUUGGGAUGUUAAAAUUGUACUUACUAUAUUUUUUGUCUAACAACGCCACGCCAAUAAGUUGUCUAUUAUCUUCUCUGUCUACGCUCGUAGCUCUCAAGGUUUUUAAGGAUGCUACAUCCUUGGUAGCUCUCAAUACGAUAUAUAUCAGUGGCGAAGGAUGGAAUUUAGAUAAAGAUAAGCCGUCCCAAAGAAAAGAAAAUUCAUACAGCGUGAUAUAACUCCGGUUUCUCAUAUAUCUAGACACAGUACAACAAUAUAUUGAGGCAUGGAUUUUAAAAGGUCACCCGGCAGGAAUCGGCUUGCAUGAACUCUUCGCUGGUGGUAUAUGUUUUGUUAACAACGAUUAACAAGGUGAUGUCCUUACUAAAUUCAUACAGUGCGGAAUAAAAGAGUAGAAGAUAAUAAAAAUGGAACUAAUAAACUCGCUGUGUGGCAACACCACAUUUACUCUCAUUUUAACAAAGGUCUGUCAUUAUAGAGCGACCAAUUAAUGUUGAUAGUUUUAUCAGAUUAUUAUAAGAAUCUGGUAUCAUAGUGGAAAUUCGAAUAAUUACCGGACGAAUUACAAUAAAUAUCAUUUAUUUAGAUGAGGUUUACUUUCUAUUAUUAAAUUUAAUAAAUGUAAAACAUUAAAUUACCAUAAGAAUGACAAUAAUUGACUACAGCACCCUCAUUUAUUUUCUACUCUUUCGUUCGCACUACGAGAAUACUUAUGAUUAAUUUAAAAAGUUGUGAUGUAUCAUCAACAUUGUGUAUCUAUAAAUUACACAAUGUAAAUAACUAUAGAAACACUAUAGAACUAUAGCUUGGCAACUUCGUUCGUAACACUCCUGAUCUCUCGGGUGCGUGUAGCAAUGAAUGAAAAACCCACGACUGAUGCACCUCACGUCCCCGCACUCGCGAUUUCACACCCGCGCAGUCUUUCCCCCCGUCGCUCGCAUUUCAUGGGAGUGUCAUCAAAGAACUUGCCAGACUAUAAUAUAAAUUUUUAUUGAUUUUUGUAUUUUUAUUUUACUUUUUGAAUUUUAUAAUUGUACGAAUAAUUCGUUGAUCCCAUAUGAAUCCGUCAGAAUACGGAUAUAAAAAGUUGGACGGAAUUCUCUGCUCCAAAUCCAAGCAAUUUAGGAAACAUUCUUGGAUUUUAAGGAUGAGUUAUAAGAUAGUGGAUAUGUCGGAUUUGAAUCCGAGGAUUUCUCACGGAUGGCGGAGAAAAAACGACUAACGGCAGUCGGAUUCAGUGCGUAAGCUACCGUACAAAUUAUUGUAUGACUACUUUGGAACGUAUUUUAGAGAUUAACUGGGAGUUUUAAAUUAUAAAUUGAAAAUUUUAAAGGCAUUUAUUUGCCAGAAACAUACUUACAUUUUAUCAUACAAAGAUGUUAUGUAAUAAUGUUUCACCAAUAAUAUAUUUGCAAAUACACAUUUAAUUACAAUAACAUAAAUUUAGUUAAGUUCGAGUAUGAAUGUCAUUUAAUUAUAAAACAAAGCAUUGUAGUUUUUUAACCAACAUUAAAUGCUGAAAACAAUCCUAUAUUUUAAAUAAAUUGAAAAAAUAAUGUACCUACCUAGCUUCAAUACAAUUAAAAUCCAUCUUAAACAUUCCUGGCGAACUGUUUGUUACGACAUCACUGCAGUAAACAGUAGGUAAUACCUAUCUAUGUGUAAAAAAAUUCUACCAAUGGUGCCUGGAUUUAUAAAUUAUUUUAUUCUUUAUAUUUUGUGUAAUGAAGAAAAUAAUUAAUCUUAAUAUUUAAUCUCAGUUUUAUUGUUACUAAUUAUAUAUUUAUACUGUAAUUUAUAUUACUUAUCGUUUUGUGUAAUAUAGAUGUAAAAAUCAUAUCAAACAUGAACAGCCUUUUCAAAUCUCAGAAUUUUAUGUUGAAAUAACCAUGUUAGAUGAUCUCAAAAACGAAGAAUCACUUCCUUUAUGUAGUGGCUCAUGUUUUGGCUAUACAAUUCUAAUUACGUUGGCUUAAUAAACGUGUUAAAAACUUUGUUUUACACUUAUACUUCUACCCUCUGUCUUGGAAGAAGUCUCAAUUGGGUAUUUGACUAUAUUUAAAUAUGACUAAUUGAAUAUAUUUUAUAAGUAAUUCGGAAAAAUUAAUAGUUAUUAAAUAAUUAAUACAAAAAAAAAGAAAAUUGGUCAAAAAUUUAAAAAAAUAUACAAAAAAAUAUCGUAAUUAAAUCAAAAUUGUAUAAUUUUAGGUCCCUUAUUCAAAGUGACUUUUCAUUAUGAAUAGGUAAUAUAGACAUAAACGCACAUAUGAUACGCAGAUAUCUGUAAUUUUGUUUGAACGCCCAUACAAGUUAAUUAUUUUGUCGUCGGUGUGACGUCACACCAAAGCAAUAUUUAGUAUGGGGAGUUUUUGAGUGAUUCACGUCAACACCGCAAAGAUGUCUAUGUACUUCCGAAAGAAGUCAUCGGAGAUAUACUGGACUUUAAUAAUUAGCAUAUUUUUAAUAGAUACCCACAUUAAUAAAUAAUAGUCAAAUACCCAAUUAUAUGAUUUUGUUUUAGGGCUGACCAACACAGCGCAUAAUGGUGCAGGAUCGCAUCUCAUUGCCCACAAUCCAUUAUUUGAGCUAAGCCACUUAUUGCUAUCUUUAUCUAGCAGGCACUUUGUUUAAGUUGUAAAAUUGUGAUUUUAUUUUUACAUGACAUAAUAUAUUAAAGGAAUUGACUGAUCA